CGGCGCCGCGCGGGGCAUGACGGGAGUUGUAGUCGCGGCCCUGAGGGGGGCAGAGGCCGCCAUGGCCCCGGAGGACGCGGGAGGUUGGCCCCGAACUCGCAGCCCAACCCCCACCGGAGCCCCCUGGGCACGGGCAACUACGACGUCAACGUGGUGAUGGCGGCGCUGGGCACGCUGGGGCUGGCGGCCGUCUGGUGGGACAAGCGGCGCCCGCUGGAGCGCCUGUCCCUGCCGCACGUCCUGGGCUUCCUGCUCAAUGUCCCCUCGCGGGUGACGCUGGGGACGCUGGCGCUGCCGCUGUCCCGCCCGCACUGGCUCUGCGUGCGCCCCUUCGGGGACACCUUCUACAACCUGGACUCCAAACUGGCCAGCCCCGCCCCCAUCGGGGCGGAGCCUCAGCUCAGGCAGUUCCUGCGGGCGGCGCUGGCCAAGGCUCCCUCGGAGCUGUUCCUGGUGGUGACACGGGACGUGGAGGAGGCGGGGACAUGGCUGAGCCCGGAGUGACACCUGAGGGGACAGGUGACACCUGAGGGACUCCUGAGUGACACCUGAGGGGACAUGGCUGAGCCCGGAGUGACACCUGCGGGGACAGGUGACACCUGAGUGACACCUGGGAUCCCUGCGGGGACAUGGCUGAGCCCGGAGUGACACCUGAGUGACCUGGGACCUGACCUGUGGGGACACCUGACACCUGGGACACCUGUAGGGGACACCUGCAGGGGACAGGUGACACCUGCGGUGGCAGCUGCUGGUGGCACCUGAGGUGGCACUGAUGUCACAAAUGGGAAUUUUGGGGUAUUUUUUGGGGGGGAUUUGGGGCCAGCACGGCCCCCCGAGGACAGGGGGGGUUGGUGGCACCUGGGGACACUUGGGGGACACUUGGGGACACCUGGGACACCUCCGUGGCUUCAAACCCCUCCCAAAAGGAUUAAAAGCGAUCGGUGGCA